AUGUCACCAUCGGCGGCAGCUGCCGGCCGUAUCGUCAUGGAGCUCCGCAAGGACGUUGCGCCCAAGACCGCUGAGAACUUCCGCGCUCUCUGCACCGGCGAGAAGGGCUUCGGCUACGCUGGCUCCACCUUCCACCGUGUGAUCCCCCAGUUCAUGCUGCAGGGUGGUGACUUCACCAACCACAACGGCACUGGUGGCAAGUCCAUCUACGGCGAGAAGUUCGCCGACGAGAACUUCGCCCUGAAGCACACCGGCCCCGGUAUCCUGUCCAUGGCCAAUGCUGGACCCAACACCAACGGCUCCCAGUUCUUCCUCACCACUGUCACGACCGGCUGGCUCGAUGGCAAGCACGUCGUCUUCGGCAAGGUUGUCGAGGGUAUGGACGUUGUCGAGGCCGUCGAAAAGCAGGGAUCCGGUUCCGGCCAGACCAAGACCCCCAUUGCCAUUGCCGCCUCUGGAGAGCUGUAA